AUGCCAUAUCUAGUCCAACCACCCGCGCAGUCCAUCGAAGCUUGCGACCCGCUGUUCACCUACGUGCUUGACGACCCCAUCCCCUCCGAAAUACGUAUACUCAAGGACCUUAAGGAACUGGGCUGGGAAGUCUCCGUGCAUUUCCACGAUGAUGCGGUUUAUCUAAAUGCCACGAAAGAGAUCGGAAAGGCGUUAAAAGCGAUACGACGCAGGACGCAGAUGAUACAUGGGGAUAUGGUUGGGGACAGUCCCAGGUUGACUCUUGAGGAAAUGUGGCAGAGGGAGAUGACCAGCAGGUCGGAACAAGAACUCUGCGAUAUCAAGGAGAAGGAGAAAGUUAACGAUGCAGCAAGCAUAAUGUCGCGGAUGACAGAGCAGAGAGCUUGGGUGCGCUGGGCCGAUGAGGAGGCUGGAUUGGAGGCGAACAGCUCUAACGUAGUGCAAGCCACCGAUAGACAGUCCUACCUGUCGCACACUCCGAGUUUGGAAGACUAUGAGGACUCAGUCAUCGACGUUUACGAAGGGCCUGCUGGCAGCCCCAAAGCCCCAGUCGGACUUAUGGGUAUGUCUGGUUACUGGUGUCCACCGAUUUCUCUCAAAGCCCGGUCGCAAAAGAACUCUCGAUCUCAAUCCAUCGCACCAAGCGCUGUGCUUCCAUCACGAGACUCGAAGGAGACUCGGAAGCUCAAGAAGAAAGUUACCCGUCGUGACUCAGAACCCUCGUUGGGAAAGUAUCUGCCACUGGGGUUUGUCAGGCCCCUGUCUUGGGUGAAAGGAAAGCGAAGCGCGAAUGAAGGGGCCAGUGCAGAUGCAACCGCACCAGAUGAGCAACAAACCACCGCUCGAUCAGAGAGCUCCUUUAACCCUUAUCAACGCACCACCCCCACGCAAUCUGUUCCGAAUAUCCACCUGCAAGAGUAUUCCUCCACUUUCCUUCAACCUGAACCACGUAACAUAUCACCCGCCUUUUCUACUACCUCCAGUCUCAUCUUCCCUGGCCGUGAGAUAACCCCAGAAGCCUACUUCCAGCGCACGAACCGACCCCGAAAGAAUCUACAGCCGCGCCAGCUUACACCACCACCAGGACUAGAAAACGAUCCCUACAUGUGGCAAUUGUGGGACCGCGGCCGUAAAAGGCAGCGAGACAAGACUGAUCGUGUGCUGGGUAAAGACAGCAUGCAAAGACAAGAUAGCGGCAAUGCUAGUUGGUAUGAUGGGUUCCAGAAGAUGAUGAAGGAGAAGGAAGCAAAGGUGGCCAAGGAAGAGAAGAAGGCUGAGAAGAAGGCGAGGAAGCAGAGGGAGAAAGAGGAGAAGGAAGAGCGAUUACGCAAGGAGAAUAGGGAGAAGGAAGAGCGGAUACGCAGAGAGAAUGAGGACAACGUCGUCGCGGUGGUUGUUAAUGACUCGGAGGUCUUGAUCGAAACUAUGGAGGAGUGCAACACGUAG